AUAAUUUGUGAGUAAUAAACUUGAAUGCUUCAUUUCGAUUGUCUGUCAAUUAUUUAUAAAGAAUAAAUUCUUUUUUAAUAAGAAAUAAUUUUAAAUUGAAUUUUUUUAAAACUAAACUAAAAUGUCUAAAGAAACCAAGGUACCAAAUCUUAAGUCAAGCAACGAAGAACAAGAGAAAAAAGAAGAACUUUCAAAACAAUCAUCUCGCUCUAACACUCCAGUGACACCUAAGUCGCCCAAACCAACUUCCAUGUCUGCCACCAUGGAUACUGACAGAGUGGACGAAAGUAAAUACAACUGUUUAAAUAAUUUUGAAAUACAAAAGCGUAUUGGUAAGGGUCAGUUCUCCGAGGUGUUUCGAGCACGUUGUUUUAUUGAUAAUAGCAUUGUUGCAUUAAAAAAGGUGCAAAUAUUUGAGAUGAUGGACAUAAAAGCUCGCAAUGAUUGUCUGAAAGAAAUCCAGCUUCUUAAAUCAUUAAAUCAUCCAAAUGUAAUAAUGUACUUAGCUUCUUUUGUUGAAAACAAUGAGCUGAACAUUGUAUUAGAACUUGCAGAUGCUGGUGACUUGUCAAAAAUGAUCAAACAUUUUAAAAAACAAAAGCGUUUAAUUCCAGAAAAAACAAUUUGGAAAUAUUUUGUACAAAUUACAGCAGCACUUCAACAUAUGCACUCUCGUAGAAUAAUGCAUCGAGAUAUAAAACCUGCCAAUGUUUUUAUCACUGCUACUGGUGUUGUUAAACUUGGUGAUCUUGGUUUGGGCAGGUACUUCAGUUCCCAAACAAUAGCAGCUCACUCACUUGUCGGCACUCCCUAUUAUAUGUCCCCUGAGAGAAUACAUGAAACUGGCUAUAAUUUUAAGUCAGAUAUUUGGUCUCUUGGUUGUUUAUUAUUUGAAAUGGCAGCACUUCAGUCUCCUUUUUAUGGAGAUAAAAUGAAUUUAUACUCCUUGUGCAAAAAGAUAGAACAAUGUGAUUAUCCUCCCCUUCCUUCUGAGUAUUAUUCUGAAGAUUUGCGUAAUUUAGUGGAUGUUUGUAUUAAUCCUGAACCAGAUCGGAGACCUGGUAUUGAUUAUGUGCAUAAUAUUGCUCAAAGAAUGUACAAUAUAAAAGUUACAAAGUAACUAAUUUGUUAUUUUUAUUAGACAUGGUUUCCAUUUUAAUGUUUUGUUGCAUGGCAGUCAUUUGUUUUCAAUAAGUUAAAAUUAUUUUUAUGUUCUUUUGUUAGAACUUUAUUUGUGUGUGGUUUGCAUUACUCAUUAUGCUGAAAGCAUAAAGUAUGAAAAUUCAUUUAUUUCUAUGUGUGAAAUGAUAAAAUGCGAAAUUUAUAUGCUAAAUUAAAUAUAGAAUUAAUAAUAUUAAAAUUCUAAAAUAUUUUCUUACACUUGAAAAAUGCGUAAAAGUUUCUUUUUAUAGUGUUUAAUGCUUUGUUACCCUUUUAAAUAAUUUUUUUCUUUCUCUAAACUAAAUUUCUUUUCAGGAGUGUAUAUAAAUAAAACUAAAGAUAUUUUCUUUCGUAAUGAAUUUCAGUUCAUCAAUUAGAAUCUCUUCCAUUUCACUUAUAUUUAUUGAAUUUAUUCAAUAAACUUUUAUUAUCAAAUAAUGACAUACAAAUUUUAUGCAUGAAUAAUUUAUCCAAAUGUUUUUGUUGUGCAACAAGUAUACGACUGACAUCCAAUAAAAUUUUGGAAAGCUCUACUGCAAUCUAAUAAUUUUGUUGUUAAAGUUUUUUAAAGUAUAAAUAGCGAUAUGUUUAACUUCUAGUUGAAACUUUUUUAAUGUAUAGUUAAAUUGUUUAUAUAUUUUUUACAUUUUGUAAAAAUUGUGAAGUGCGGUUCUUAAAUUGUGUAUAGUGGCUCUAAAAUUAUGUUGUUAUAUAAUAUUGUUCUUUUUUUUAGUUUUAGGUUUUUAGUAGUUCUACGUUUUUUUCUAAUAAAAUCUUUUUUUUCCUGUUUUAUAGAUAUUUAUUAUAUAAGUUAUUUAGAAAUUAUGUUGAGCGGGUAAAAAAUAGAAAGGGAACAUAUUUUUCUCUCUUUUUUUAAGUUUCUUUUCUUAAAAAAUGUUUCAUAUUUUACAAAAAAUAUAUAUUUUUUAAAGUCGCGUGUUCUGUUUAUUGUACAUUGUUAUAUGUAUUUAUGUUGUUUAUAUGUUGGAAUACUUAGCUCAACGACAAAAUGUUAACAAUAAAUUUUUUUAAUUUAUUUUAUGAUCGCAAGA